GAGACGUUUCAUUGCUAUUAAGGUAGACCUUCCAAUCCUAACAUUGUGUUGUUUGUGUUAACAUGUAACUACUCUCCAGUAGACGGUGUUAUUCCGGUGACAGGGCUGCUCUUGUUGUCUUGUUUCCUGCCCACCUGGCGCACAGACAGUCGGUCCGGAUCCAGGCCGCGCCGGAGGGAGGCGUAGGAAGAGAGGGCGGAUUCCUCUCUCCGUGUUUUCCCGCAGACCGCGGGCCCAGCUGAGGUGACUGGCAGGACUUGUUUACUGGUGGAGAGGCUCGCAGAAAGAGAGACGGAAACGGGGAACCUGAGGGAGAGCGAGCUCCUAACGCAACGGGAAUCCAAGUUUUUCCACUUGCCCCCGUAUUUUUGAGUCUUUUCACUCGGAUUUCCUUCCUUUUUGUCGCGGUCUCUCUCAGUGUGUUUUGUGCGCUUUUGACAGUUAUCUCCAACUCCACCGCCGAAACCUCGUUUGUUUUGGAUUAGCCAGCUAACGUUAGCUUCUCCCCUCUCCUCCACCGUGGAGAGGAAAAAAAAAAGCAUCGGAGCGGCGUGGUGGAGACUUUUCUCACUUCACGGGGCUAAACAAGGACGUUUUUCUGUCUCCCCCCUCCUCCACCGCAGUCUUCAAGGUUUCUGGUUAAAAAGGUGACGCUCGUCUCGUCUGCUGCGUUUCCCCCGGUUUGGUGUUUUUUUUGUUUUAUGGGUUGUUAUUCGUUUGCGGCGCGGUGGUCAGCGGGGGUGAAGGAGUUCAGAGGAAGGUCGUAGUGCUGGAGAGAAAGAGAGAGAGCGAGGGAGAGAAGGGGGGAAAACUGCACGUUUUUCCUGCUGGGAGUUUCCUGGGAUGUACCUCCAUUGGUCUUAAAACGGGAGAAGACGAGAAGGAAGAAGCUGCAGCGGCGAUCCUGGAGACUUUCAACUUCGGCUGGAACUACUCCCUGUUAUCUCAGUGGAAGAUACUCACCAACUAGCAAAACCUCGGAACCGAGGGAUCGUUUUUUUUUUCCUGCGUCUAUUGGAGCAUCAACAUCAAACAGAUGAACGGGGACUGUCGCCUGCACUUAUGGAAAAUGAUUUUCACUCGCACAUGUGUCACCAGAACCCAAGAUCACAUAAUUUAGUUGUUUCUUGACGCAUACUUGGCCGAGGAGGAGAAAUAACUUGAUAUCUGCUCUAAUAUAAACAUUCCCCCCUCCUCCUCCACACCCCCAGCCCACCAGGAUUGGAGUUUCCUAAACACCUUCAGAGGGAGAGAGAUCAACUUCAAUCAAAAUGAAGUGGUUGACGCUGAAACUGCGAGCACAACUGGUGUUUUUUAUCUUCUGUACCUGUGUGAUAUGCCAGUGUGGGCUAAUAAACGGUGAAAUUUGUCAGAGCAAAAACAUCCGGAACAACGUGACCAACCUCCAGUCACUGGAGAACUGCACCAUCAUCGAAGGCCACCUGAAGAUCCUGCUCAUGUUUGGGGCCAAGUCCGGCGACUUCCAUGGCCUCAGCUUCCCAAAGCUGCGAGUGGUCACCGACUACGUCCUCCUGUUCAGGGUCUACGGCCUGGAGACCCUCAGUAACCUCUUCCCAAACCUGACGGUGAUCCGUGGCAACAACCUGUUCUUCAACUACGCCCUGGUGAUUUACGAAAUGCUGCAACUGAAGGAGGUGGGCCUGCACAGCCUCAUGAAUAUCACCCGGGGCGCCGUGAGGAUAGAGAAGAACCCAGACCUGUGCUACCUGGCCACCCUGGACUGGUCCAUGAUCCUGGACUCGGUGGAGGACAACUUCAUCGUGGCCAAUAAGAACGAGCGGGAGUGUGGAGACGUGUGUCCCGGCACGACGCAGGGCCAGACACACUGCACCCAGACCACCAUCAACGGCCACUUCAGGGGGAGAUGCUGGUCGCAGACUCAUUGUCAGACAACAUGCGAUAACUGUAAAAAUGGCGCAUGCAUCCGUCAGGGCCAGUGCUGCCACGAUCAGUGCCUGGGUGGCUGCUCGGAGCCGGGGAACGCCACCAGGUGUGUGGCCUGCAGGAACCUCCAGCAUGGAAACAUCUGCGUGGACAAAUGCCCUCCUGGAUACUACGUCUUCCAAGGCUGGCGCUGUGUCAGCUUCUUUUUCUGCCAGGACCUUCAUAACCAGUGUAAGAAAUCUAAAAACCUGGAUGCCAACUGCCAUGAAUACGUCAUCCACAAUGGGGCCUGCAUUCAGGAGUGUCCUUCUGGAUACAGCAGCAACUCCACUACGCUAACCUGUGAACCUUGUGCGGGCCCCUGUCCUAAAGCAUGCCAGGGAAAUAAAACGAUUGACUCUGUAACUUCGGCCCAGGCGUUAAGAGGAUGCACCGUCAUUGAGGGCAACAUGGUCAUCAAGAUCCGAGGAGGAACGAACAUAGCGGCCGAGCUGGAGGCAAGCCUUGGUCAGAUCGAGGUCAUCAAAGGUUACCUUAGUAUUCGCAGAGCCUACGCAUUGGUCUCCCUCUCCUUCCUGCGAAAGCUACAUACUAUUAAGGGAGAGCAACUUGAAGCAGAUAGCUACGCCUUCUACGCGCUCGACAACCAGAACCUCCGCCAGCUGUGGGAUUGGUCCAAGCAUAACUUGACGAUCGAACGAGGUCGCACGUUCUUCCACUUCAACUCUAAGCUUUGCAUGUCGGAAAUCAGAAAGCUAGAGGAGAUAACGGGAACCAAGGAGCGCAACCAGAAGAACGACAUCGCAGCUCGCACCAACGGAGACCAAGCAUCCUGUGAGAUGCAGCUGCUGAACUUCACUUCUGUCAAGGUCAGGUUCAACAUGAUCAUCCUGAAGUGGAAUUCGUUUUGGCCGUCGGACUACAGAGACCUGCUGGGCUUUAUGGUUCUCUACAAAGAGGCCCCGUACAAGAAUGUGACGGAGUUUGACGGACAAGAUGCGUGUGGUUCAAACAGCUGGGUGAUUGCUGACGUUGACCCACCGCCCCGCGCCAACCAGGAAGAUCCAGGCUACCUCAUCCGGUCGUUGAAACCCUGGACCCAGUACGCCAUCAUGGUGAGAACCCAGCUGUCUGCGUCUGAUGAGCAUCAGGUCCAUGGAGCCAAGAGUGAGAUCAUCUAUGUUCGCACGAACGCCUCAAAGCCCUCUGGACCUCUGGAUCCCAUCUCAUCCUCAAAUUCCUCAUCUCAGAUCAUCUUGAAGUGGAAGCCUCCCACCAGUCCCAACGGCAACAUCACCCACUACCGGGUCAUCUGUCACAAGCAGGAGGAGGGCAGUGACCUUUAUAAGUUUGAUUACUGCCUGCAAGGAAUGAAGCUGCCAUCCCGCACCCCCACCCACCCCAACAGCGAAGACGAGCAGAAGUGGAACCGGACAGAAGAGCCCAACUCGGGGGGCGGGUGCUGCACUUGCCCAAAGACGAAAAUGGAGAUCGAGAAGCAGCAGAAGGAGAUAGCGUACCGCAAGACCUUUGAGGAUUAUCUCCAUAAUGUAGUUUUUGAGAGCAAACAAAGUCGCCCACGACGCUCUGUGGAGAAUCUUGAGCCCAUUGGGUCCACACACUUUUAUUCCACAAUGUCCAAUCUGCUGAACACCACUGCCUCAAACAAGGAAGAAGAGAAGGAUGAUAAGGUGGUGGAAAAUGUGUUUGGAAGGGAGUCAACAGUCAUAUCCAACCUGCAGCACUUCACCAGCUAUAAGAUAGAGAUCAUAGCCUGCAACCAUCUCACUGACUCCAGCCGCUGCAGCAUGGCCACCUACGUCAGCGCCCGGACCAUGCCAGAGCUAAAAGCAGACGACAUCCCUGGACCGGUGACCCAUGAGAUUGUGAAUGAAGAACCUCCCCAUGUGCUUGUGAAAUGGAACAAGCCUCCAUCGCCUAAUGGCCUCAUCAUCCUUUACGAGGUUUUCUACCGCAAGGUUGGAGACACAGAGCCCCACUCAAUCUGUGUGUCGCGGCACAGCUACGAGAAGUUCGGUGGCACAAAGCUCACCCUGCUACAGCCCGGGAACUACAGCGUGGUCGUCCGGGCUACGUCCUUGGCUGGAAACGGAUCUUUCACAGAAACCACAUACUUCUUCAUGCCCAGCCCUGAUACAGGCAUAAUUUUGAUUGUUUGCGCUCCGAUUGUCUCCUCCAUCUUGCUGAUGUGUGUGGGAGCCAUCGCCUUUUAUGUCUUCAAGAAAAGGCAAACAGAGGGACCAUUAGGAGAUCUCAUCACCUCACCAAAUCCUGAAUAUUUCAAUGCCAAUGACUUGUAUGUUCCCGACGAGUGGGAGGUGCCUCGGGAGAAGAUCUUGCUGCUCCGGGAGCUGGGUCAGGGCUCCUUCGGCAUGGUGUACGAGGGAAACGCUCAGGACAUCGUCAAAGGAGAACCGGAGACGCGUGUCGCCGUCAAAACCGUCAACGAAUCGGCCAGCCUGAGGGAGAGGAUCGAGUUCCUGAACGAAGCUUCGGUCAUGAAGGCCUUCAGCUGUCACCACGUGGUUCGUCUGCUUGGAGUCGUGUCCAAAGGUCAGCCCACGCUGGUGGUGAUGGAGCUGAUGACUCAUGGUGACCUGAAGAGCUACCUGCGGAGUCUGAGGCCAGACUCUGAGAACAAUCCAUCGGGCUCCCCGCCACCCACUCUGAAAGACAUGCUCCAGAUGGCAGCAGAGAUUGCAGAUGGCAUGGCCUACCUCAACGCCAAGAAGUUUGUGCACAGAGACCUGGCGGCCAGGAACUGCAUGGUGGCAGAGGACUUCACCGUCAAGAUCGGAGACUUCGGAAUGACGCGGGACAUUUAUGAGACAGACUACUAUCGCAAAGGAGGAAAGGGCCUGCUUCCUGUCAGGUGGAUGGCUCCAGAGUCUCUGAAAGACGGCGUGUUCACUGCCCACUCUGACUGCUGGUCGUUUGGGGUCGUGCUGUGGGAAAUCAGCACGCUAGCAGAGCAGCCUUACCAGGGCUUGUCCAAUGAGCAGGUCCUGAAGUUUGUGAUGGACGGAGGGUCCCUGGACCGACCCGACAACUGCCCUGAGAGGAUGCACAGCCUGAUGCAGAUGUGCUGGCAGUACAACCCCAAGAUGCGGCCGACGUUCCUGGAGAUCAUCGAGAUGCUGCGGGACGACCUUCACCCGACCUUCCAGGAGGUCUCCUUCUUCUACAGCGAGGAGAACAAAGUCCCGGAGACGGAGGACUUCGACCUGGACCUGGACAACAUGGAGAGCAUCCCCCUGGACCCGUCGUCUUAUUCCCAGAGGGAGGAGAGCUUAAGCAGAGACAGCGGGCCCUCGGUGGCCCUCAGGGGGAACUACGAGGAGCACGUCCCCUACACACACAUGAACGGUGGCAAGAAAAACGGGAGAAUCCUGUCGUUGCCCAGAUCGAGUCCUUCCUAACACCUCCUGCCCCGGAAAUGACUAGUAACACUUCCCUUGUCCCCAAACCCCCCUAUCUUUCUGUACCCUGCAACCAUUUUCUAACGAUUUUCGUAUUCUUAGAGAAACUCUUUAAAAAAAAAACAACAACAAAGAAAAAAAAAAAAGACACGGAUCUCAGGACUUUGAAUUUUCUUCCUCACGGCUGCCAAACCAAGGCAAGCAAGGGAUGCAAAAUGCCUCUUUUUAACUUGCUCCACGACACAUCAGACUUCAAAUUACCCUGGUUUGCGGUAAUAGAUUAACAGCACGUUUCCAGGACUCCUUGUGACGGAAACAAUAAAACAAAAAAAAUUUAAAAUCAAAACUGUGAACACAACAAACCUUAGACAACCAAGAAGGCUGCUCGACCUUCCCCACCACCCUCCUGCCGAACUGCAUUUUCCACACUUCUGUGCUUUUAACUUUUUUCGUCUCUCCAAAUGAAAUCUUUUUACUCUGAUGGUGGCCUUUUUUAAAAUAUGUGGCCUAUAAACUAAAGAAUCAUGUCUAAGUAAAUUCCUUUUUCUUUUUUUUUUGUAUGAUGACUUAAUCAGUGGGAUGAAUUGAUCUUAGAACAAACACCUAUUCCUGGAGGAACGUUGUCUUUCGUCUAAUUUUCUUUUCUUUUUUUGGUUCUGCAAAAUUCCGAACUGCACACAGAUUUAUCUGGUGUUUGGUGAAUAAUUUUAAUUUAUUGGUUUUAUUUCCCUCUUUGUUUCAGUGUCCUCACUUUGUGGCUGAAGGAUAUUUAAAUAGUUAGAAUUUGGACAAAAAGAGUUCAUCAGACUGACCAAUAGUUGCUGCUUUGAUAUAUUAUAGUGGGUAUAGAAAUAUAUAAAUAUAUAUAUAUAUUAUAUAUGGUAUAUAUAUAAAAUAAUGGCGUUUCUAAGCCAAUGUUUUAUAUAUAAUAUACUGUAUAACAUUGAUGGGGUUUUGGUUUUGUAAAUACUGUAGUUGAUAUUUGUGUUCAUCCGAGGCUUUGCUUGCGUUAUAAUGUCUUUCUUUUUUUAGUAAUUAUUUUUGUUUUUUUAGCCCCGGAAGUUACACUAAUCUACCGUCAGUGUUCUCUGUGUCUUAGGCAUCCAGCCCUUGAUUAUUUCUUGUUGUUUUAUUUUAUUUUUUUUUUUUUUUUACAAUCUUUGGGGGAAAAUUUCCCAUUUCUGGAGGCAACUUUACUACUGGAGAAAAAAUUGAAAAGAUCAAUAACCUAAAAGCUUUACAAAUGGGGGAUUGAGGCCUUUCUAGGGUCAAAGUGCUCCUGAUACAUGUUCGUCUGCUGUUUUCUCUGGGCGUAUCACAGUUUGCCUUUUGAUCUCUUUGGCUUUUUUUGUGGAGGAGAAAAAAAAAGAAACGAAAUUCGGUUGCAAAAAUUUGGUAUGGAAGUUACGCAACUUUCUGUGUUUUGGUGCAAGUUUCGUCUCGGUUAGGGCUUGUAAGAAGGCAGGUGAAGUGGAGGAUGUUUGGGAUUUAAAUCAGGGAGAGUUUCUCCAUUAAAGUCGAGCAUUGAUGAAUCUCCCACAGUUCAUUGCUCCUGCACCGCCGUCGCUUCCUCCACUGCUUCCUGCCGGAGGUCUGGUGGAAAUUUCCACGUUUUCCUGGCCGAGGGCUGCAGAGAGAUGCAGAAAGUUCCAAAUGUAUUCACAGCCGGCAGUCCUGCUCUCUGUCCAGCACACCGGGUCAUGAGUAGAUUGUUAAUCCUUUUCUCCUCCCUGCCAUCACGUGCAGUCAGAGCACGGCGUGCAGCAGCUUUCUCGCUCAGGACUAACAUUCCAGGAUAUUUGUCAAAACUCCCCGUUCCCUCAAAAUCCUGUUACGUUGGACUGUUUUGCUGUGCUCCUCUUUGGCUGCCUGUUUUUUUUUUGUUGUUUUUUUUUAAGAAGAUAAACAGUCACUUUUCUCCCCAUAAAUCUAAAACGUUCCUGUCAGCGGCGCCAACAAAUCAGCUAAAAAGAUUUCCAUUCAGAGCAGAUGGUGAGGAUUCUCUCAAAUGUCAUUUUCCUCUCAUCCUUUUCUUCGAGGACACAGAUACUGUGAUCGCCGAGCCAGCUGAGCGGCGAUCAUCUUUUAAAGGGUGGCCAAAGUCAGAGAUAGCAGAGAAGCUGCCUCCAUAUCUCACCAGUGCCUUUUUUUUUUUUUUUUACUUUUUCCUCUCCAACAAACCAGAGCCUCUUUUACGGCUGAUGUAACACGCAGGAAACACUCGCUGUUGUUGUUCUGAUAUCACAAGAAAAGUGAAAGGUCUCCUCUUCGACACGAGGAGUCGUGUUUGGGUCGGUGUGGACAGACCGGGGUCUGAGUCGUUGCGACCUGGAGACCUGGAGUUGGCAGAAGGGGACAAAUUUGUUGGUAUAACUGGAAAACAUGUGUGACGAGCCUUAAAAUCUGCAACACAGACAUCAGAGUGAGCCUAUUCUCACUCGGAGUGUUUUGGGAAAAUCCAGCCUUUAAUUUGAGUACAGUUAUUUAGUUCUAGAAAAAUCAACAGUAGUGCAUUUACUGGCUUGAUUUUUGUGCAGGGAACCAUUUUUAUGUUCAUUUGGAAGCUUGAAAAUUGUUUUUGGGCGUUUAUCAUCCUGGAAGGCUUAAUGUCGUGACUGAUUAUUGGUGUAGUUCACCAGCUUUUUGCUAAAAUCUUUGCUGAAGUCACCAAGAACAGUCACUAAUCGGCCCACAGCAUCACAGAUCCUCCUUUUUAGGAGUAAAAAGGAGGUUCUGUAAUUUUUUAAAGAUUUUAGUCUGAUUUGACCAACGCACAUGAUUCCCAGAGGAGUUCAACAGAUUGCACACAGUCACGUUUGUGGCGGUUCUGCAGAAAGGCUGAAUCUUUUAACCAACCACGUGGCGUGUAGCUAGCGUUAUGGAGACCGGCGAAACCGGGAGGACACGUAUUCCCACAUUUCCCAGUGAACUUUUUAUCACCUCCAUCUCUGUAAGUGAUGGCAGUUUAAAUCUAAAGCGAGCAUAAAAUAUAGAAAUCCUUCAGAUAAUAAAUGAAAUGAUUAUGUCUUAUAUGUCUGUUGGAAUUCUUCAGAGAUUCUGCUGCAGCAACGAAAAGCAGGACUUUCUUUUAAGCCUUUUUUGUUUUUGUUUCGCACACAUGUACCAACAAAUUGGUCUGUCUGAAAUGUUGACCAGUAAUGCCACGGAUGUAAAAUCUUGCCUUACCGCUCCGUGAUUGAGAUAUAAGUGGGCAACAAAAGAUAUAAAACUGCACAACUCUGGCUUAUCAAGAGACAUUUGGAAUAUUCUACCAAUUAUUCUUAAGGUUUCAAACACUAUCACACUACAGUAUGCACUAGUCUGUUGCAUGGUCUCGUCUCCAUAUGCAAAUGUUAAAUGAUCUUUGGCAGCCUCUUUGGAAAAAGCAACUAUUUAUUUCAAACUGAACACACGUUCUUGCUUUGGUUGAGCGUCGGUGAGGUUCCGGGUGGAGGAGCUGGCGGUGAGCAGCUCUGUUAAUAGUUUGUAAGUAGUCGUCGUCUUUGUCUUUAUGUUUGGCCGGAGUCUACCUCAGCGCAGGAGGAGGAAACCGUUCAAAAAGCCUCAAUCAUCCCCACUGCCUGCUCAGCGUCACUGCAGAGAGUCAUCACCUAAUUCCACACACACACACACACACACACACACACACACACACAUGGUGUUAACGCUCCCCUGCCCUCUUUUAUAUACCCUUAGUUACUGCUUUGUCUUGUGUCAGGGGGGAAGCCUUGCGUUGUUUUGAGUUAAACACAAACCUUGGAGCUUGGUGAGCGGCUCCUUCUCCCGCUCCGCAGCCACAGGAGGAAGCAGAUGACCUCCACGCUCCGUCUCUCUGCUCACAUCUGCUGAUUUCACAGCAGAUCCUGAGUGUCUCUGUGAUGAUCACCUGUUUGCAGCCAAAGCUAACGAAGCUCAGUCACAGACCUUACGCUCUGUAAAACGACCUUUCCCGCAUUCAUCCUCCUCCAGUCUUAAGUCUGAUUUUUAUCAUCUGUGUAUGUUUUUUUUUUUUCCCCCAACUGUGAAUAUCAAAAGAUUACCUUUUAUUUUCUGUUAUCGCCAUGAAUACAGUGGGUCUGUUCACGACACAGAAAUGCGGGCCUGGUUAAACAAGACCUCUCACCCUGAUUGCAGAGGAAAACAAGCUGACUGGGACAAUCCUGUGUGCCAUAAACAAAAACUUUUAACAGAUUUAAAAUCUCGAUUGUAAAUUUUCCUCUCAGGGAGGCGGCUCAAUGCUUUGCCUCAAGAGCAUAAAGAGGAGGAGGGGGAAGAAGAGCUACCUACCUUUUUAUCUACUCUAAGUCAAUUAAAGAUAAUCAGGAAUCCUCCUCUCUGUGGCUCUGAUGUGAUGUGGUUCAGACUGCCCUCUAGUGGCUCACUGGGGGCAUUGCAGUGCCUUCUUAAGACUCGGCACACUUGACUCAAACUGUCCCCCAGACUGACCUGUCUCCAACAAACACACAAGAUUAUCCAUCUCCAAGCAUUAAAUAAAAACAUGUUUUUUUACGUAUCCUAUUUGUUUUUUCUUUGGGCUUUAAAUGGAGGGGGGAAAAAAUACAUACUGUAAUUUGUGACAAAGAAGAAACAGCUGAUGAACUCUGCUGAGCUCCAGCCUGCUUUGUUGAUUGGAUGAGAAAUGUGCACCAGCCUGAUGGUUUAAUGUCUGUCUCUGAUCCGUCUGUUACCACUGGGACGCCCAGCCCAAAAGCACACACACACACACACACACACACACACACACACACACACACUAAACAACAAAAGUGCAUCAUUUGGAAAUCUCUACAAUUUUAAUAAGCUCAUCAAACUGUAAAUAGCAGCCGAUGUUUUCUGUCCAGAAAAAUGGAAAUAAAGAGAAGCACUUGAUUUUAGGGAAGGUUCGCUAAACUCUUGGGUGAGAACAAAGCAGAUUAUGGUUUAUUGUUUUUGUUUUACGCAAAUAUAAAAGUAUUACAUUUUAGAGAUGUUGAGUUCUAUUUUUUUAGCCAAAGUAGGGGAGGAUAAAUACAAUACUUUUUCUGACUGUAAAGAUUUCCUACUCUUGUAAAUGAUGAAUUUAACGUUAUCGAUGUGUGUGUAUAUAUCUUUUUCUAAAUUUAAGAUGAUUGAUUUUUCUUCUUUUUAUUGUUUUCAUGACCCGACCCACCCACACAGAAAAAUGUCGUCAUCUGUUUGUGUAUUUAAAUAGGAGGAGCAGCAGCUUUCUAGUCUGAGGACGAGUUAAACAGGAUGUGGCCUCAAACUUUUGGCAUCUCAUAAUCCCACACUAGUGUUGUGAAUGUCGGCCGCCCAGGCCCCACUCUUUGAUGCCGAACCUCGGUGGAAGCAGCAUGUCGACCAAGAAGCCUUCUCUCACCAAUAUGUCUCCCUAUUUUUUUUUUUUUUAAUCGUCAAUAUCAAACAUUUUCACUUGAAAUUUGGAGAAAAGCUGGAGAAGACCACUGCUCGAAUUCGUGGAGGAGGAAUUCUGGAACGAGAUCCAGAAUAAACUAAAAAAAAAAAAAAAAAAAGCUAUGGUGUGCUUUUGAGAAAGAGUUAAACUCUCUAAACGUCUGGAGAUGUUUCUUCUUGCAAAGGUUAAAAUGUUUGAGUUUGGUAAAAGUCCAUUCAGAUUAUUUUUAUUUAGCAGAUCUAUUCCUCUCAUCAUAAUUUAGUCAAAAGUUUACAAGUCAUAAAAAAAUAUAGAUGACAGUUGAUUACUUCCCAAACUUGUGAACAGCCCUGUUUAUUCAAUUAGGCAAAAGUGAAAUGAGUGGAGUGCCAUAUUUUGUUUUUUCUCCUAAUUUUACAAAGUACAUUUGUAAAAUGUACCUUCCACACAUUUGCAAGGAUGUUCAGCAUGGCUUGUUUUUCUAGAGGCUUUUAUUGAAAUCUUUAUUUCUUAACAGGGCCUCACCUCACUUCAGCUCCAUACAUUUUCCCGAGAUUUAUAUGUAGCUAUAUAAAUAAAAUGGGACGUGUCCGGCUCUGACUAAAACCACCCGUUUUAUUUUAAUUUGGAAAUUCAAAUUGAUCUCAGAUAAAUGACUGUACAUGGACCCUCUUUGUAGCACUAAAUCGAGCUGGUGGUCUGCUCCAGAUUAGAAACCUUCUGGGUUUUUUUGUUUUGUUUUCUGGUUGCUUCUCUUCAUCCUCUCCGUCUCUAAGAGGACAGAGUGCACAUAGGUGGUUUCCCAGAUUUCUGUGUGUAGUCCAGCAGGAUACCUCUUUAUUCAUGUACAUUUUAUUGCGGAUGUGUUCGUUUUUGGAACAUGUUGUGUAUACGUUACGAUGAGAUGUUGUUGUGACUGCAGACAGCGGGUGUAAAUGUGUGUUUGUACAGUCGAAAUCCCCAAAGCUUGCAAAAACCCCCUUGCAAAGACGUCGCUUUACCCCCCCGUCCUCCUUCUCACCUCACACUGGAUCCAGAUGUGCCAUGAUCUGCGUUUGUGUACCGCAGACAGCAAACAUGUUGGAGUUCCUCUCACUCACACACAUUAAACGCUGAGAUAAAUGCUCAUUGUACAGGAUCAAAAAAAAUUGUGCCAUGACUAAAAGAACGCUUGACAAUUUAUUUUUUCUAUACGUUUUCAAACGGAGAGCCAAGUAGUGACAUGCAAAGAAAAUGUUGCAAUGAUAUGAAAAUAAGAAAAUCUUGCUGUGUGUAAAUUAUUCAACAAUUAACUGUUUAUAUUAAAAUUAUGAAUAAAAUUAUUGGAGAAUAUG